AUGUCCCAGGCAACCAAACAGCCACUCAUCAGUAAGGAGCCAGAGUCCUCCCACGGCCACCCGGAGUCUCUCCUGAAGCUGUUGCCAGGCCCCAUCCCGCGUGGAUCGGUGCGCAGAACAGACUGGAUCUUGGUGAAAGCCCGAGCAGCGCCCCAGCUUCUCCCCCGCCACGCCCCCACCUUCCACCCGGAAAGCAGCAAUUACCGGCCCAGGCGGCUGGGAAAGGGCCAAUUAGCGCAAGGGACGCGGCCCCUUUGCGGGGCCCCUGCUGACCGCAGCCCACGGAGCGCUGCCUCCGCCCCGGGCCCCCAGGAUCCAGUCGCCCGCCCGCCUGCCGCAGUCCUCCCGGCCUGGCCGACAGCGCUGGCUGCCUGGGAGCCCCGGGGGACACGCCGUCCGGCCUCCCGCCAACUGCAGUCACGGAUCCAACCGCCUGGCGCCGGCCCAGAGCCUGGGCGGACGUGCGGGCGCCGGGAGCUGAAUCUCGCCGCCGGUCUCCAGGCGGGGGCGGCUCGGCCCAAGUCUUCUUGCCUUCUCAUGGCCCUCCUUGCUUCUUCCGGACCUCCAAGGCCAGGUUCUGGGCUGGCCGACUGGAGCAGUUCCCCGCUGGUGGCUAUGGCAGAGCCAGGCUUUGGAAACCCACGGCCGGUGCUGGAUCGUGCCCCGCGACAGGUCUGGAGGGCUGGGAGCCUGCUACGUGCUCUGGAACUUUACUCAGGUCUUGUUGAGCCAGACUUUCUUUGGGAAAGCGUAGACCAUGUCUGUAAAAGAACCAGAACUCCUUCUUUCCACCAAGGUAGUAUUACAGCAUGAUGGGAAACCCUGCCUGUCUUGAUGGUUCCGAGCUUGGAAAGUUUGGGAGAGAAUCCAAGAACAUGGCAGGUUAUCAAGGCGUUAUCAGCUGGGACACAAAAGGAGAGAAGGUAAAAGAGGCAUUUGGAUUCCAGAGUCAAUAAUGAGCCAGAAGUGAGUGUUGAAUUAUUCAACCUCCUGUAUUGAUUCAUUGAUCUCUAUCUGCAGCUCUUGGUUUAUUCUUGGUUGGCAUUUCCUGUGUCUCAGACACUGAUAAGAGAAAUGGGAGGAGGAGGAGGAAGAGAUUCUUAAGACUCAAGAAGAGAGAAGAGGUGAUGUCAAAGAGAAAUUUGGCAACAUACAUCAGGAACCUUAAAAUGUCCAUAUCUUUUGACCUAGUGGUUCUACUUUUCGAAAUUGAUCCUAAAAACACUAUCCAGAAUUUUUUGUUUCUUUUU